GUGCUACGUAUGUACCUAUUUCGUAACCUGCACAUAACUUCGACAGCCAAUGAAUUUCUCUCGUUAGCUUCUUUAAUUGCUUCACCUGUCAUGUCGUCACAUCUGUCAUCAGGUCUCAACGCCCAGCUCGCCUGACCUUGAAUAGUGGCAGUACCUCUUUAGAAUUCCCUUGCAAUAGGGUAUUAUAGUCACUGCUACACUUCCUGUCACAAUCAAACCUAUCUCUCUUUUGUCCACCUCUAUUUAUUUGCCUAGUAUUUAUUCAUUUAUUCAUCUUUGGACAGGUAUCCUCUACAAUCAUUAUUAUUACUACUACCAUCGCCGCGACUUAUUUCCUUUCAUCACAACCCGCCAUGAUCCAUAGACGGUAGACCCGUCUUCAUACCGAAAUUAUGGUGUCUCUUUGGCCUUGGAAGGGCGAUGACUCUUCCCCUUCUUCCUUUGAGAAGACACUCUCAACCCUUUCCAACAAAAUAUCGAAUACCCAAGCACAACUCGAUCGACUACGAUCCAACUCUCGCCGAAUCAAAGUACUCUGGACCCUCUACCUCGCUUUCGCCUACCUUGUAUAUGCUAUCGUCUUGACCCUAGUAGUAGGGUGGAAGAAUCUUGGCCCGUGGGAGUGGACUGGAGUAGCCGGUGGCCCUGUAUUAAUCUAUCUUAUAAGAACUCUGACGAAUGCCUACUUCAGCUUUCGCAUCGAAACGGUAGAAUCUCGCCUAAAGGACUACAAAACCGAUCGCACGAAAACGAUUCAAAAGUUGAAGGAUGCUACCAAAUACGACUCCACCCUAGAGUUACUCGAGAAAUAUGGAGGAUCAGGAGAAAAGCGAAACCAGGCGAAGAAGCAAGACGGGAGCGGUCAAGGCCAUGAUCAACAAUUAAGAGCACCCGACAAGAAUGGUCGACCAAGUACAGCUCCCGAAUCGCCAGGCGGAAGAAUCAACAUACCUCCCCCACCAACCGCCAACAUUCAAAGACCGCCUUAUCUUGCUGCUCCAGACGCCGCCCAACAUCACCUAGGUCCCAACCCUUUGCCGCGUCGGCACGUGUCUUCACCAGUUCAACAAUACACAGAAGAGUUCGCCCCUAAUGCUGGACCUCUUCCCCAUCCUUACCCCCAGUACGACGUGCACCCGGGUCCACCCCGUUGGUACGACCGCAUCAUGGAUCUUAUGCUCGGCGAAGACGAGAUGGCCCCGAAGAAUCGCAUGGUACUAAUAUGCAAAAAAUGCCGUCUUGUUAAUGGUCAAGCACCUCCAGGAACAAAGUCUCUAGCAGAUUUAGGGACGUGGAAAUGUAUGUCCUGUGGAACAUUAAAUGGAGAAAUAGAUGAGGGCAAGAAGAUCAUCCGAGAAGUACUUGGGUCGUCAAAUAAAUUAAAUGUCGACUCGAGAGCCGAGGAUAGGGAUAGUGACCUAUCCAGCGACAUAGUGAAAGUCGAAGAUGAUAGCGAGGGUGUCCACGAUACCGACGGUGAAGAGAGACGAUCGAGUCUCAGACUUCGCAAUAAAACGUCACGAAUGGUGCCAUAAUUCAUGUAUUGUCAUAAUAUACUACUUAUUUACGGCCUGUCUCCAUAUGCUGUAUCCAUCCUUUCAGACAAGCCCAAUCAUGAUAUGUUUUUCCGCCACCAAAUUUUGGUGUCCUCAAUAUUAACACUCCGGAGAUCGAGACGCAGAGACCUAUGCUAGACAAGCGGCAAGCAGGAGCAAACAGUAUA